AUGACUAGAUUAAGAUUUUUUUACUUGGAUGGCAUUAGUCUCACUGGAAAGUUUAAACUGACACUAGAAGAUUUGAGGUGGUUUUGUUGGAAUCAGUGUCCUCUAGAGUGUUUACCUUUCGAUUUUUCCCCUCAGAAACUUGUUAUUCUUGAGUUGCCAGCGAGCAAAUUGACAACAAUGUGGGAGGUUUCCGAAGAUUUGACUACCACACCAGAUUUCAGAGGACUAACGCGUCUUGAAAAUUUAAAAACUCUUAACAUGUCCUUUUCCAAAGAUUUAACUAGCACCCCAGACUUUAGAAGACUGCCACGUCUCCAAAACUUGUAUCUUGAGGGCUGUAGAAGUUUGAAGGAGGUCCAUAAAUCAAUUGGAAGUUUGGUGAGACUUGUUUCCCUAAAUUUGAAGGAUUGUGUAAACCUAAGAAGUCUUCCAGAUACCAUCUGCAACUUGGGAGCUUUGGAAGUUUUAUGUAUUGAAUAUUGUACAGGGCUAAAAGCACUGCCAAUAGAAUUAGGGAACAUUAAAUCCCUAAAAGAGCUCAACGCUUCCGAAACAAGUUUUCCGAAAUUACCAGAUUCGAUCGGAGAUCUUAAGAAUUUGGAAGUCUUAAAGGUUAGCUGGGUGAAAGCAUUGCCUGAUGAACUGGGGAAUAUUGAAUCUCUAAGAGAGGUCAGAAUAUCGGGAAUAGGAGUUUCGAAAUUGCCAGACAGCAUUUGCAACCUGAGAUCAUUGGAAAUUCUUGAUAUAUCUUCUUCUGAUACACUAGUCAGGUUACCUGAUCAACUGUGGAAGCUUACAAGUUUAUUAGAGCUAAAUGCAUGUUCUGCUAGUCGUUUAGAGAAAGUUCCUGACAUAGAAUCAAGCCAGACUUCAUUACCACUGACAAAGUUGAAUUUAUCUAAUAGUAAUAUCACUGCCCUGCCAUCCGGUAUUAGUCAGCUCUCAAACCUAGAACGUCUUCAUCUUUCGAAAUGUGAUUAUCUGUUGUCCAUAACAGAACUUCCUCCUAAUCUGAAGUACAUUUCUGCCAUACACUGUACAUCUUUGGAAAGAGUAAAUCUAUCCAAUUUGAAACUGUUGCGGAGGUUGCAACUCACAAAUUGCAGUGCUUUGACAGAGAUUCUAGGCCUGGAGGAACUCACUUCUUUAGAAUAUCUGCAUUUGCUAGAUUGCCGCAGCUCUCUACUGACACAUACUUUAACAAAGCCACUGUUCCAGAUAUACUCUGGUUUUGAGGAAAAAAUCGAUAUUGAGCUUGAGGCGGAAAAGUUUCCAGAUUGGAUUAUUCAAUCAAGUGUAGAAUGCUCAGCUGAUGAUGAGAUUUCAGAUGGAGAUAACAAAUUUUCAUUAGAUUUGGAGGUGAUCGAUGCUGCCACUCCCCCUCCAACUCUGAAGAGAAAGAGAUUUGACCCUGUGGAGGUGCAGACCAGUUUGGCAAAUUCUGUGAUGCCUCCAAUGUCUCAAGCGGCUCCUGCGUUUGUUCCUCGCAGAGACUUCCCCAAGCACCUUGAUCCUAAUAGGGCGGGGAGCUCUGCUGUUAAUCCAGAUGGCCCUGUGCAGGUGCAUGACAAAGGGAAGGCAAAACUGUUUCCAGAGUUCCCUGUGGACAAUGAAAAUGCAAUAUUCAAGAGUGGUUUUAAUUUCCUGGAAUCAGAUGUAAAUCUCUCAUCUGCUGAUUUUUUCGAGGAAGAACAAGGGGAAAAUAUGGCAUUCGGAAAUGAUGAGAUGUUUACCAAGGAUGUUUUCCAGCUGAACGUUGAUGGAGACACUCAAAUUUUUGCUUCAUUUUUAAAUGAAACUCAUGACCUUGGCUUUCUCACAACAACUCAGGCCCCUGGGUCCUUCUUGGAGGUGGAUCAAGUCCUAUCUGAUAUGGGCUUCACAGAACCAACCAAUAUGGCAGUAGAAAAUGCUACAGGGAAAAAGGAAGAGAACGAGGCUGAUGUGCGUACCUCGAAAAUUCGUAGGUCUUCUAGUAUCUAAGCCUCUGUAUAUAUCUCCUAUGUCUGUCAGGGUAUAUUAUAUCUAAAGUACUACUGUAGCAGUGCAGUGGUGUUUUCUCGGAGUUUCUUGCGCACGUUUUGGUUAUGAUCUCUAUGUCUGAGAAUGCUUGCUUAGGCUGGAUAUACUUUGACUGGCAUCCGAGUAGACGUCCAGUGAAGGGAUAGUGAUGAGACUUCAACACCACAGUUGGGAGCAAAGGUUUCAGCAAUUUCAGCAUCAGGAGGCUUCUUGGCGUUUUUCCCUCCCACGGAAUCACAAUCUCCUCCGUAUGCUUUUAUGUACUGCAGGGCUAUGCAUGCCAGGCCCGAAUUGUUAAAGAGUGCUGAUGAUCCUUUUCGUGCAGUUCUAUCACUGUUAAGCUCAGCUAAUUUAACAAUGAGAAUUUUAGAUCUGUCAAAAGGAUGUACGUUGAGGAGCUUCUCACCUGCAACAAGUAUUGAAGCAGCAACCAGUUCAGUGCCUAUUUCAUGUGGGCGAUUGUACCUUUGCCGACUCAUUUCAUAAUCUUCAACUUCUUCUAUUUUCUGUUCUCUCUGUCUUUCAGUAGAACCUCAUGGUAUAUAUUUGUCAAUGAAGAAGGAUACUUAAUAUUUGAAGCCUCUCCGAGUUACUUCCAUAUUCAGCAAUAAAAUUAAUAAUUUCAGAUACUACUGUGAUAUCACCUCCACAAGGAAACUACACAUCGUUGGCACAGGCAUUCGUCAUCAGAGAAACUACUACUUAUAAGCUCGACAUUUCUUGCAACUCUAGAAUGCGCAUACAAUACUCACCAUUAUCACUUGACAAACAGACAAGAAACUACACAACUCUUGCAACUCCGAGGGCAUUAGCUGAUCUCACAUCAGUUAAGUUGUUAUCUACUCUAAUUAACAGGAUAAAUUUUAGUUGCUCAAUGGCUUAAAUUUUUAUCUCUUUA